GAAAAUAUAUUGAAAAUAAAAAAUUUUUGUUUAAUAAAAAAUUUUCUCUCAUACCUUCAAAAAAAAAAUUCAAUCAAAAUGAAUAAAAAUUUUGCUGUAUAUUUAUUCCUUUUGGGACUUAUUAUAUACGUUCAUGCAGCUGAUGUUAUGGUUAAUGUUGGUAAUGCAAAAGGAGAAAAUGUUUUCGAACCAGCAAAAAUAUUGGCCCUACCUGGUGAUAAUGUUGUCUUCACUUGGGUUUCUGGUAAACAUAGCGUUAUAGAAACUGAUUCGUUAACAGCCUGCGCAAAAUCAGAAAAACCUAACGCUUUCACUUCUGAUGGUGCAUUUAUGGCACCUAAGACAUGGACAAUACCUAUUCCAUAUGAUGCUGCUGGUGGAAAAACAUGGUUCUUUUGUGGUGUUCCUGGUCAUUGUACACCUGGAACUGGUGGUAUGGCAGGUACUCUUAUACUAAUCGGCGGGGGUGCUCCUCCUGGUGGUGCUGCUCCUGCUACUGCUGCUGCUCUUUCUUAUGGCAGUGCUUCUACUGCUUCUCCUUCUGCUGCUGCUAAUAAUAAUACCAGCAAUACUCCAAAUAUGGUUGGUGCAAUAAUAGGUUCACUGAUUGGUGGCAGCUUAUUAACAAUUGGAUUCUUCUUUUUAUACAAAAAGUUUAAAAAUUAUAAUAAAAAUAAAAAUAUAUUAUUAGUACCAGGUCAUAAUAAUACGGAGGGUUACAAUAAUGGACAAGAGGCAACUACAAUUUCUGUAAAUGAGAACCAGGUUCAUAAUGAUACGAAUACUUAUAAUCAUGGACAAGAAGUAAUUACGAUUCCUGAAAAUAAUGAUAAUAAUAACUUAAAAGAUUAUAUUACUCAAAUUGUACGACAAGAAUUGAUGCAAAAUCAGGGGAAAUAAUAAUUAUCAUUUGAAGUUUCUGUAAUUUUUUCGUCGCCAACAUUAUGAAUAAUUAUUAAGUACAUUUGAUAACGGACAUUUAUUAAAUAUCAAAUAGCGUUAAAAGUAUCUUUGUUACUUAUGAUAAGUUAAAUUACAGUAAAUUACUUUUAAUUUUUUACAUAUCGCUAUUAAGUCAUUCGUAUCUGCAGACUGCGGUUCCUUUGUUUAGUUUUAAAAUUCCAAUAAUCACUUUUGUUCUUUUCAUUAAAUUCACAAAUAAUUUCAGU